AAAUGACAAUGCACAGCAAAACAGCGAUUGACGAUUCAUCACUAUAAAAAGAGUCCUCAGCAUCUGCUCAUCUCGCCUUCUACCAUUCUCGCACGCCACCAACCCCUCUUUGUCUCUCUCACUCACUCUCGUUCUCUCUUCAAAAAAAUGGCGUUCGAGAAGAUCAAGGUGGCGAACCCCAUCGUUGAGAUGGACGGAGAUGAAAUGACCAGAGUUUUCUGGAAAUCAAUAAAGGAUAAGCUUAUUUUCCCAUUUGUGGACUUGGACAUUAAGUACUUUGACCUUGGCCUUCCUUAUCGUGAUGCCACUGAUGAUAAAGUUACAAUUGAAAGUGCAGAAGCUACUCUUAAGUACAAUGUGGCAAUCAAGUGUGCAACUAUUACUCCAGAUGAAGCUCGUGUGAAGGAGUUUGGCUUGAAGCAGAUGUGGAAGAGUCCAAAUGGGACAAUUAGGAAUAUUCUGAAUGGUACUGUCUUCAGAGAACCAAUUAUUUGCAAAAACGUUCCUCGCCUUGUCCCAGGCUGGACCAAGCCUAUAUGCAUUGGAAGGCAUGCUUUUGGUGAUCAAUAUCGCGCAACUGAUACUGUAAUUAAGGGAGCUGGGAAACUGAAACUGGUGUUUGUACCAGAAGGAAAAGAUGAGAAGACAGAGUUAGAGGUUUACAACUUUACAGGUGCUGGAGGUGUGGCAAUAGCAAUGUAUAACACUGAUGAGUCCAUCCGUGCUUUUGCUGAGGCUUCCAUGAACACUGCCUAUCAGAAAAAGUGGCCACUGUAUCUAAGCACAAAGAAUACUAUUCUUAAGAAGUAUGAUGGAAGAUUCAAGGACAUAUUUCAAGAAGUCUACGAGGCAAACUGGAAAUCAAAGUAUGAAGCUGCCGGUAUAUGGUAUGAACACCGUCUUAUCGAUGAUAUGGUUGCUUAUGCUGUCAAGAGUGAAGGAGGUUAUGUUUGGGCAUGCAAGAACUAUGAUGGUGAUGUUCAGAGUGAUUUCUUAGCUCAAGGUUUUGGAUCUCUUGGAUUGAUGACAUCAGUACUGGUUUGUCCAGAUGGAAAGACCAUAGAAGCAGAAGCUGCACAUGGUACUGUUACACGGCAUUAUAGGGUUCAUCAGAAAGGAGGUGAAACCAGCACGAACAGCAUAGCCUCAAUCUUUGCUUGGUCCCGAGGGCUGUCACAUAGGGCAAAGCUGGAUGACAAUGCUAGGCUAUUGGAUUUCACUGAGAAACUAGAAGCAGCUUGUGUUGGAACCGUGGAAUCUGGGAAGAUGACCAAGGAUCUUGCGCUUCUUAUCCAUGGAUCCAAGGUUACUAGGGAGCAGUAUCUGAGUACUGAAGAGUUCAUUGAUGCUGUUGCAACAGAACUUAAAGCAAGACUUUCUACCUAAGCAUAGAUGAAUGGGUAGGCGACCUGAAGAAUGGAAAGUCUUUUUGGUAAACUUCAUACGAUAGAGAAGCAAUAAAGAAAUCGGGGGGGUUGAAUUUGAACUUUUUUGGUGUAUUGAUGUGGCUGAGUUUUAGGGGGCUAAUUCUGAUUGGUCUAACAGACAGCUCUCAUCCUUUGAUUAUAUGUAAUCCCAUUUUCAUAUUGGACUAUUGGUGCUUUA